AUGGCUGCGUGGAACCGCCACCACCAUUUCAACAUGCUCAUGGAUGAGAAUGCCAAAAACAAGUUGGGCGUGGUCGGCGGCGGCAUGCCGGAGGCAGCUGGCGGCGAACGACGCCACGUGCCGUUGUACGGGAGACUGGUUGCUGAAGACCAGCUGGCGUCCAUGUCCGCGCCCUCAGACAUUCAGGUGAGCGCCACAGCUAUGCAGGCCCGAAUACCACAUCACUUUCGAGACCCUUCGACAGCUCCACUAAGAAAACUGAGCGUUGACCUCAUCAAAACCUACAAACACAUAAACGAGGUAUAUUACGCGAAGAAAAAACGGAGAGCGCAACAGUACCUGGGCGAGGAUGGCUCGCACAAAAAAGAGAGGAAGCUAUAUAACGACGGCUAUGAUGAUGAUAACCAUGAUUACAUCAUCAAACAGGGCGAGAAGUUCCUCGACCGGUAUGAGAUCUCCUCGCCGAUUGGGAAGGGAUCUUUUGGACAGGUUGUGAAAGCGUAUGACCAUGAGGAGCAGUGUCAAGUAGCGAUUAAAAUAAUUAAGAAUAAGAAACCCUUCCUAAACCAGGCACAAAUAGAAGUCAAGUUACUAAAAAUGAUGAACAGAGCGGAUCCUGAAAAUAAGUAUUAUAUAGUGAAACUGAAAUGUCACUUUAUGUGGCGGAACCACCUGUGCCUAGUAUUUGAGCUGUUGUCGUACAACUUGUAUGACCUGCUACGCAACACCAACUUCAGGGGCGUCUCGCUCAACCUAACGCGCAAGUUUGCGCAGCAGUUGUGUACCGCGUUACUGUUCCUUAGUCAACCUGAACUAAAUAUAAUUCACUGUGAUCUUAAACCCGAGAAUAUACUACUAUGCAACCCGAAAAGGUCAGCCAUUAAAAUUGUGGAUUUCGGGAGCUCGUGUCAACUAGGUCAAAGGAUAUAUCAAUACAUUCAAUCGAGGUUUUACCGGUCGCCGGAGGUGUUGCUCGGCGUACCUUACGACCUCGCGAUAGACAUGUGGUCGCUGGGCUGCAUACUCGUCGAGAUGCACACGGGCGAACCUCUAUUCAGUGGAGCCAACGAGGUCGAUCAGAUGAACAAAAUUGUCGAAGUACUCGGCAUGCCGCCUGAUCAUCUGCUAGACCAGGCACAUAAAACAAGAAAAUUCUUUGACAAAUUACCAGCGUCAGAAGGCGGUGGUUAUGUAUUAAAGAAAGUUAAUGGAAAGGAUGGAAGCGGUUACAGGAAGUACCGGCUGCCGGGCACGCGGCGGCUGCACGACAUCCUCGGCGUCGAGGGGGGCGGCCCGGCCGCGCGACGCCGCGGGGAACCCGGACACUCCGUCUCCGAUUAUCUCAAGUUCAAGGACCUAAUCCUCCGUAUGUUGGAGUACGACCCCAAACAGCGCGUGACGCCGUACUACGCGUUACAACAUAAUUUCUUUAAGCGGACCGCAGACGAGUCCACAAACACACAACAAGCACAGUCGCAUCACCAACACGUGGGCGCGCGCGUGUGGGGCGGCGUGGGCGGCGCGGGCGGCGCCGAGCGCAUGGAGGUGGAGGGCGCGCGGCGCUCGGCCGAGCUGCUGGCGCCCGUGUGUCCGCUGGCGCACAGCCCCGUGGCCAUCCACUAG